UAAACCAUCCCAAAACACGCCGGACAGAGCAAAACCUCCCUCCCUGUUACUUGCAGCUGCAACGCUUUGCCUAGUUCUUUAUAUCCAAUCUCGCUUCACCAAGAACAAGAAAGAACACCCAAAUCAGAAAAAGAAACAGAAAGAUCAACCGUAAGCGCCGGAUUGUCCAUUUCCGCUCCAGAAGAGAGCAGAAGGCGUGAUUAGCGAGAAUGGUGGCGAUCGAGAACCAGAGCCAGGCCCAGAGGCCGGCGGAGUCCGCGAGGAUCCCCAAGGAGGCGCGGCGGCUCCUGCACGACCUGGCGGCGGCGUGGCCGAACGUCGCGGACUGCCGCGCGCUGGAGGUGGUGCCGCUCAAGGGCGCCAUGACCAACGAGGUGUACCAGGUGCGCUGGCUCACCGCCCCGGCCGGCGGCGAGGCGGGCGCGGGGGCGCUCAAGGAGAGGGAGGUGAGGAAGGUGCUCGUGCGGAUUUACGGCGACGGCGUCGACCUCUUCUUCGACCGCGACGACGAGCUGCGCACCUUCGAGUGCAUGUCCCGCCACGGCCAGGGCCCCCGCCUCCUCGGCCGCUUCCCCAACGGCCGCAUCGAGGAGUUCAUCCACGCACGGACGCUGUCGGCUCCCGAUAUGCGCGAUCCUGAAAUUUCAGCUCUGGUGGCUACAAAACUGAGGGAAUUCCACAACCUUGACAUGCCUGGUCCCAAGCAUGUGCUCCUCUGGGACAGACUGAAGAACUGGCUCAAAACUGCCAAGAACCUGUGCCCAACCGAUCAGGCCAACGAACUACGCUUGGAUUGCCUGGAGGACGAGAUCGCUUCGCUGGAGAAAGAAUUCUCAGGGGAUUACCACCACUGGAUUGGUUUCUGCCACAAUGAUCUACAGUAUGGCAACAUCAUGAUGGAUGAGGAGACCAACAUGCUGACCAUCAUUGACUAUGAGUAUGCAAGCUUCAACCCAGUUGCAUAUGACAUCGCUAACCAUUUCUGCGAGAUGACGGCAGACUACCAUUCGGAAAAGCCUCAUAUACUGGACUACAGUAAAUAUCCAGAUAUCGAUGAGCAGAGGCGUUUCGUGAAGACUUACCUGAGCACUUCUCGCGAGGAACCUGAAGCGGAGGAGGUGGAGAAUCUGCUCCGGAGCGUGGAGAAGUACACGCUCGCGAGUCAUCUGGUUUGGGGACUCUGGGGAAUAAUAUCGGAUCGUGUCAACGACAUCGACUUCGAUUACCAGGAGUACGCAAGGCAGAGAUUUGAGCAGUACUGGCAGAAGAAGCCUGCCGUCCUAACCUCAUGAAUAGCUGUACCUAUGGCUUCAGGAACUCCCUGAGGGCCUGUGCUGCUGCACACAAACUGUGCAGUGUUACUAACACACAUAUCCCCUGGCUGGGAUAAUGACAGGAAGGAUAUGAGAGAAGCAUACUAUUACAAGGAAGCAUAAGCCCGUUCCAGGGUCAGACGUUCCCAUUUCGAACCUUGACAAGGUCCAGCUUCAGGAAGGAAGCUGUCUAUGGGGGCUUUGGUUGAUUGUUUAUAGGUAUAGCCUCGACGGCUCGGCGCAACGAUGAUAAAGCUUGGAGUUGCAUUUUGUAUGUUGUUUCCCUAAGCACAGCUGGUGGUGUUCGUGUGAUUUUGUGCUAGUAAUGUAUGUAUACUUGACGGACAAAGUAUGUACUAUAAGACAUCUCGUGAAAGAAGUAUGAGUAUGUAUGA